AUGCCUCCUGGUGACCGCCUGCGGCAGCAUUCCUUAAAGCCAGUGACAGCCUGGGCAGGUUCCCAGCUGCUGAAAUUAGCCUGCAGGAUCCUUGAAGGCAAAGCCUAUGGAAGACAGACUCUGGAAGGCCCCCAUGACCCCUACUUCCUGGUGUUCACACGCUUGGAUAAUCCUCUCUCAGUAAGUGUGAGCAGGACCUGUGACCGGCUUCUAAGCAACAGAAUAUGCGGCCAAUAUGAAGGUCAGUCCGUUUUGGCCUCUGACCGGAGCACGAGCCGUAAAAGGCAUUUCAGUGCACCUUCCCACAUUCGCAGGAAGAUUAUGUCUUCCCCUCUUUUCAAGGAGCUGCGACAGAAGUACAACGUUCGAUCCAUGCCCAUCUGGAAGGACGAUGAAGUACAGGUUGUGCGAGGACACUACAAAGGUCAGCAAAUUGGCAAAGUAGUCCAGGUUUACGGGAAGAAACACGUCAUCUGCAUGGAAAGAGUACAGGGAGAGAAGGCAAAUGGCACAACUGUCCACGUGGGCAUCCGCCCCAGCAAGGUGAUCAUCACUAGACUAAAACUGGACAAAGACCGCAAAAAGAUCCUUGAGCGCAAAGCCAAAUCUCGCCAAAUAGGAAAGGAAAAGGGCAAAUAUAAGGAAGAAACAAUUGAGAAGGUGCAGGAAUAA